AAAGAUUUGGAUUUUGCAUUUAGAAACUUGAAACCAACCCCUAAACACUAAGUCGUCGGAAUUCCGUCAGAAUUUUCUGACGGAUUACCGAGGACAUAUGGUUUCAUUGAAUUUUCGAUAUGUCCUCGGUAAUCCGUCAGAAAAUACCGACGACAUUCCGACGGACAUGUCCAGUCCGUCAGAAUGUCGUCGGUAUUUUCUGACGGAUUACCGAGGACAUGUGUUUCUACAAAAUUUUAAACAUAAAAAUCUACAAAUUUAUAUGCCAAAAGUAUGAAAAUAACACAUAAUAAGUCUUUAGUAUAGUAUUAGAUCGCAACCGUUCAAAUAUAACAACUUAUUUAAAUAUUUAUGUAUGCAUAUCAUUGUUUUCACAACAUCUCAUCUUAACAUUCAUAUACUUAUACAAUCAUAUUUAUAAUCUUACACUACAAAAAAAUGUUGUUGUGUUAAAUCAUGUUAUAAAAAUAUAUUUAUUGUUAAAUCUUUAUGCAAAUACUAUAUUUCUUAUCAAAGAUUUGGAUUUUACAUUUAAAAACUUGAAACCAACCCCUAAACACUAAGUCUUCGGAAUUCCGUCAGAAUGGGUCGUCAGUAUUCCGUCGAAAAAUACUGACGGACAAUAUAUCCGUCGGUAUUCUAAUUUCCCCGGGAAAACCAAACCGCGUGAAAAUUUUCGCGAACCGCCUUUUCGUAUAUAUUUAAUGAUUCUGACGGAAUACUGACGAACUUCGUCCGUCAGAAUUAUUAAAUAUAAAAAACCCUUCUUCUUCUUCUUCUUCUUCGUUAUCACCGCCUCUCUCUCAAACCUCUCCGCGAUUCCUCUCCUUCUGACGGCGAUUCCGGCCAAACUCAAGCUCCCUUCACCGGUGAAUCACCUCCUCAUCCUCAUAUCUCUUCUCCAAACCCCUAAUCAUCAAAUGAGGGUAAUCCCGUUGAUAAUCUCCAACUCAUCAAGGUGGCUCACACUAACAAGAAGACGGGUCAAAUCCAAGACGUUGUCAUCAAAGGUGUCGUUGAGAUGGUGGAAACUGAAAUAGCAUCUCAGUCUCAGUCUCAGCCUCUCUCUGAUGACGGCGAUUCUACAGGAGCGUCAACCAACUUGUCUCGAUUGCAAAUCAAUGAGAUGGUUGAAAAGGCCAUUCCUAAAAGGAAAGGAGACCGUUUAGUUGGGCUGGCCCGCCGUGCUUCUUCGUAUCCGACAUCUUCUUCGCAAGCUCCGUAUGCCGUUCCCAUGAUUCUCGAGGAGCUGCAUGACAAAGAUGAACGGAUUGUGGCAUUGGAGCAGCAGAACGCCACUAUCCUUACCGAGAACCAAACCAUCCUUGCUGAGCUGGCAUCGCAAAAGAAGACCACGCAGAGAUCAUGGAGAAGCUAAACCGUUUGUUUC